GGGCACGUUAAGAUGCAGACAGAAAGCAUCCGAGAUCAGUGAUCACAAUGCUUGCGGAAUAUUCGUCUUUGAACUUGAUUUGCCUCUAGCAGAACGCAACGAGCUAAGCGUAUAUGCAUAGAGGCAUGACUUAAAACACGAUAGAUGAGCGUCAUAGGAAACACAUGAAUUGAAUUGUACUGAAUUAGGGAUGAUUCUCAACCCUCAACCAUUUUGCAGUUAGAAGUUGGAUUUAUCUCCAGUUAGAAUUGUAAGAGGAUCUAGCGGGUGUGUUGUCUUGAUUUCAUCGUCUCAGAGUUUAGGUGACCUUUGUUCCGUUUCGACGAUUACCGGGAGCACAUCAAUGAGUGAAGGUUGCUUCUGAGUUGCGGCCAAGGUUAAUCUUAUCUAAUUGAUGUUGGUGGAAGUUCUUCAAGAUUGCUUUCAGAUUGUAAGAACUCAAGAUGGCGCUCUUUCAUAUCAUCAAGUCUCUGAAGCCAAGAUGACCUGACUAAGAUGGUACCCCGUCAGAGCAAGACCAUGAAGACAAACAGAUUUACAAUCCACUAUACGGUAUACUUUUUUUCGCUGAUGUUCAUGUGAAAUUUGAGCGUGCUGUAUUGACCGCCAACUGGAAAAGCAAAACGCGAUCGAUGUUACAGACAUUACGGGGAAUUGCCGACUUUGAUUCUCCAAAGGGUACGGAAAGAUCAUCCAAAUGAUCAGCAAAUUCGCUAAUCUACCCCGUCAGCACGUUAGCCAGCACUAUCACAUCCACCCUAGACCCCCAUCCCACACCCACAAUCAACACUACCACAACCGCCAUCAGCACCACCACAGUAACCACACCAAUCACUUCCGCGACAUGAAUCUGUCACCAAGCAACGUCGACGGCCCGAAGGCCCUCAACAGCCACAACGGCAGUAACAACGUCAGCAAUAGCGGUGGAAACAGCAGCAAUGACGUUGAACUCAUGAUGGAGUUGCCGCCGGCGUCGCCAAUUUCACAAUCCAGUCACGUCAGUCACGCAACCAUCCAUCGGUCAGUCAGUCAAACGAACAACGGCGUCAACGGCAUUAACGGAGUUGGGAGCGUCAUCCAGGGACGUUCGUCGCGUCUUGCCAGCGCUACGGACGACCUCACGACCAUGCAUAAACCACAUAGCCUCAGCCUUUCCCGCGCUACACUCACAAGUAAGGAAUUCGGUGUGGAGAAGUCUCUAACCGCCAUGGGAAUCCUAGCUCUCAUUGCCAUCAUCAUCACCUCUCUCUCCAUCGUCUUACUGAUUCAGUUUAACUCGAUGCAAAGCCAGUUAUUGACUGAUGGUGCCGUAGAAGGAGUCACCGGUACUAGAUGGUAUUCAGACAUUUUAGACUCAGGUGUUGUUCUUGUUAGCUUUUGUCUCAUGCUGAACUUAUGUUGUGUGGUCGUCUGUACAGGACAGAGCUAUUUUACGGCGAAAAUGUUGAAGCUACCUCAAGGUGAAGAAAGAUCCUGUGACUUUCUAAAGAAUACCUCCGGAACACGGUUCUUGGCUGUGUGCUCCUUCUUUGUUUCCAUACCCAUCUUCCUCGUCGCUCUCAUGCUUUAUAUUCUCCUUGAGUUCCGGACAAUACCCGCCACCGUGUCUAGCGCCCUCAUCGGAUUAGCCAUCCUUUUCAUGGUCUUCAGUUUUGGGCACAAUGUACAUCUGUGGCAACGCGAGCAGUCUUUGAUCAACAAGCGACACGCACCACCACCGGGUGUCUUUACCGGUUUGAAUGGAGGUCCUUUUCACAACCAACGCCAGCAGUAUUCAAAUAAAAACAACCAUCACACGGACCAUGAUGGACACCGAUUCGCUUACUCAAAUCACGUGACAGAUAGCGGCGAUACUGCUAUCGAUCCGUUGAGUGUCAGUAAUUUAUCGACGCUCGUCUGACGGUGACUUACCAAACCAAGCCCAGGACUAACUUCCACAACUUCAUCUUCCAAAUAUUUCCUAAAAAGAGUUAUACCAAGAGAUUAAAGUAUAUUUUACAUAGUACCUUGAUGAAUCUAUGUUCGUAAAUAUGGACAACCUCCCUGACAACCGCAAUUAGUGUUGUUGUCAAAGACCCUAUAAUGUAACCCCACUCGAGGAUUGGACAUUAUCAUAUUAACUCUGUUUGGCAUACUUGAACAGAAAGCAGCUAAAAGUCAGUGACAACAGAUUUCUUUAUAAGUUAACCGAUGAAAAAUGUAAGCACUAAUAACCUCUUUGCUAUUGAUUUGAAAAAGGAAAAGGCGAGGCAUUGCAUGAUAGUUCUGUUAGAAAAUCAUAUUGAAGAUAGAAAAGUUAUCCAUAAUCAUUUUAUUGAUAUGAAAAAGAAAUCAUUUUAUCUGCAUUGAGCUCAAGUUUACUGCACCUUUCUUUCGUCAUCAUUAUUGUUGCUUCUUUAUUUGAUCAUAUCCAAACACUUUUUUAUCCAAUCUGUUUAGCGUUACAUGGUAAAUAUUGCAUUAUGAUAAAGCUAAAAAAAAUACACCUAUUUAAAAUUAGUGCUCGUAUGAAUGCAACAAAGGUUUGUACGAAAAUUAUAAACGUUUCAUAAAAUCUCACUUCUUCACCACUGCGGAGUCCGAUCCUUCAUGCCGAUUUAUUUUCAAAUUAUUGUGACGUUACGCGAUUUUGGAGGGUCACAUGAUACUGACCACACCCACCACUGGCUGCGGUCUAUAAAAUCAAAGUAUUUCUUGGCUUGGUUUGGUAGAGUCCACGUUUCUUGUAGAUAGUAUUAGUAUUCUCUUAAUACUACAUUUAAUGUAGAUAACCAAGGCCUCCGCAACACAAAGGCUUGCGAUCAAAUACAGAUUUGAAACAACAAUUUUGAUUUGUAUAGUAAAUAAUCUUUAGAAAAGGUGCGCAUGCAACGUUGAUCUUUAUUUGUUAUGUAUUGCAAGUUUGCGAUUGAUCGCUACUUUCAUGUUGCGGAGCACAGGGCCCUGUCUUACAAAUAUUUGCGAUUGAUAUUCAAAUCAUUCUCAAAUUUCGAUUGAUAUAAAUUUGUAUAGAUAAGGAAUAUGAAUUAACAGAUCAAUCGCAAUUUGAAUUUGAUUGAAAUCUAUCGUUACUCUUUGUAUGAGCCGGGAGUCUUGUCCACGUUUUGUAAGGGUGUGAUUAACUCAAACAAUGGGAAGCCAGAAAUAUCAUAAUUCAUCAAAAAUUCCAUAGGGGGCGUUUCAUGAAAGAACAUGUCGGUCGUUUUAUUCGACAAGUCCCAAAUUAUCCGAUAGUUAUCAUAGCAACAGCGCUUCUGAGGUAAUCAAAAUCAAGUAAAGUUGUCAGAUCUGACAACUUGUCGGACAAAAAUGUUGAUGAAACGCUCCCCUGAUCGAAUUUGUCUCGUGAGAGACAAGUUAAAGUGUCAAGGUAAACUUACGCUCGCUGUGCGUUACUGGUUUUCCAUCGUUGAGAAUUAUCUGCCUCAUGUUCAAACGAGUCCUAAUCGUUUAAUGAAAUUACUGUGGUGUUAUGAAUUAUUAUAAUGGGUGAUUCCAAUGGGAUAUUCCGGCUAAAUUCCACAAUCUUCUAAAUUCUGUAUUGAAAUCAGGUCACCGGGU